UAUGGAAAUCGAAAGUGGUUUAAUAAAGAAAUCAUAAAAUGGCGUCUAACUUAAAAACAUCAAAUCAAAAGGGAUCAGAUGUUUUUUACGACGUGUGUUGUUCUGUUUGCGAAGAUGAUGGCAUAAAUAAUGAAGGACUGUUUCAUUGUAAAAUAUGUUUAAAAACAUACUGCGACAACUGCGUGAAAAUGCACAAAAAGCUACAUAAGGAUCAUGCAGUGUCAGCGAAAUCUGACGGUCACAGCUGGUAUGUUGCGAAAACAGUUGAUGAUACUAUGGAUUUAUGUGAGAAGCACACGACUGAGAAACUAACGAUGUUCUGUGAAGAUCAUGAACAGUUGCUAUGUAAUUUAUGUCUCCUUCUGAGUCACAGGCAAUGCAGUAAGGUGUUUACAUUGGCUGAACAGGCCAAAUCAAACUCACAACGUAUACCCCUUGUUCAAGUGAUGAAAGGAAUAGAAAAAUCGCAGAAGCGUUUAAAGGAUAUGGUGGACAGAGGAAAAGAUAACAUAAAAUCUCUAAAAGCUUCUUACGAACAAAUUUGUGAAGAAAUACUUGAUGAACGUCGACAGAUCAACGAGAAUCUUGACCGACUUCAGCAAAACACCAUAAGAGAAUUGGAAUCAAUUCACGAGCGCUUAAAUAAUUCCAUUGAAGAUGACACCAAGCGAUGCUUAGAAUGUAUUUCAAAGUUAAAGAUAUAUGGCGCUAAGCUCAAAGACAAUUUUCUACCUGAACGAACGUUUAUUACGUUAAGAAAAUGUAUUGAUCAAACUGCUGCAGCAGAUUCACUCCUAAAAAGCAUGCUCAAGAAUGAUGGAACUGAUAUUAAAUUCCAGUCUAACCGUGAAUUGAUUCAAUGUCUUGCAGAUUGCACUGAUCUUGGAAAAAUCACCUUAGGCGAUCCACAACAUAACGUUGAUCCAAACAAGAUUGUCAACAUCGAGGACAAGUCAGAAUAUAAUGUUCGAACAGCCACUGAUAAAUUCUCAUGUGCGAUUACGGGUAUAUGUACGACUUCCAACGGGGAUCUCGUCAAUGCUGACUAUAACAAUGAUUGUGUGAAACUCCUUAAUCAGGCGUACAAGGUGAUUGAUCAAGUUCAGCUUCCUACUUAUCCGAGGUCCAUGUGUAGCAUUUCCUCAGUCGAAAUGGCGGUGACUGUUAGCAAACAUGAAGCCGAUGCUCUUAGCGGGAUUUAUUUCUUACGGGUAGAUGGCGGAAAGAUUAUACGCAAACAGGUUCUAAAAAUGAAUCAUGUCUGUUAUGGAAUUGCGCAUGUCGAUGCAGAAGUGUUUGUGACUUCCGGUACUGCGUUGUACGAAUACACAAUGGACGGACGGUUAGUUAAGAAGUUAUACGAAGAGAGUAGUGGACAAAACCGAGUUGUAGGUGUUGGGGUGAGUCCUGAUGGGAAGAUGAUCUAUGUGACGGACUUAAAUAAUGGCAUUCUACGCACGCUGACCAGAGAUGGAACAGUCACAGCUACGUUCCAGGAUCCCGCAUUCAAACAUGGCUGGAUUAUAGACAACAUACAUGUGGCAGCCACAGGGCAGGUUUUCGUCUUUGGUGACAACUCCAUAAGUCAAGUGGAUACAGUCGGCAAGACAAUCCUCAAUACCAUCUCUGUUGACAUUGCAAAACCUGCAUCUGUCUACUUUAAUGAAGAAACGAGAAAACUAAUAGUUGGAUUUUGGAGACACAGAAACAUCAAUGAGUUCAAAACGAAAACGGUUCCGACUUUUUAAUUGACAAAGAAAGCAAAUAAAGAAAGUAAUUACAGCAUUACGUAAUUUAUACUAUCAAUAAAUUAAGAAGAUUUUAUAAUUAAAUUCAACCUUUUUAUUAUUUCCUUUUUUGUACAAUAUUACAUGAACGGAAUUUACCUAGUGCAUGUAAUUUACUUUCGGUAAACGGUAGCGAUUUUAUUAAUAGCAUUGAAUUUUGGUUUUGAAGUGCAUGUUUGUGUUUGUAUGUAUAAAAGUUGUUUAGAGAUUUAUUCAGAUUUAAUUUCAUAUCGUCAUUUAAAAUGUGUCCUAGUUAUAGUCAUGACAGUCAGAUUAGCUACUAUUAGACCUGAUCAAAACAUGGAAGUAAUGUCAUUCAUUAUAGUUAGCUCACCUGAGCAUGAAGUGGUCAAGGCAAGCUAUUGUAGUCACCCUACGCCCGUUUUCUUUCAGCGUGUAUUGUGCUUUGUGUGUCAUCAACUGUUAGCUCAUUAACAUUCUAGAGGUAACAUGUUUAAUCCGAUCUUGAUCAAACUUGGUCAGCAUAUUUAUCUGGACAAUGAAUUAAUCUGAGUCACGUUAGCGUAAAAAUAGGUGACCAUGUUAAAUGUUUAAAAAGUCACAAUUGUUACCACUCUAUGGCCUUAUUUAUUACUCAUUUAUGAUAAAACUUUGGCGGAAUUGUAAUCCUGACAUUGUCUAGGCCAAGAUUGAAUC